AUGUGGUUCGCGACCGACUACGCCACAUCGAUUGAGGACUAUCUGGCGCCAUGUGCGGAUUCCAUUGCUGGACAUUCUGGAGCAUCUAUCUCGUACCCUGCUUCGUCGGAUAACUUGAUGCCAAUGCAACUAUCAGACUUUGCGGCUGCAGACGACGAGACCUUGCACUUGCUUACACCUCGGAUGUUGGAGCUCUUGAACUGCGACGUCAUAAACGGAGCGGAUCAAGCAUCCGCAGAUGUUUCAGAAGUUGCUGGCAGAAAAGAUGCCAAUUCCGACUCUGUCGGAUCCUUGGCUUUCUUUGAAAAUUCUGUCAUAGAGCCGGCGUUGCGUUCCGACGUUGAGCCCUUGAUUCCUGACGAGGUGCCCAGCUCACGUAGAAGCGAGGCUGACUCGUGCUGCAUGUUGCAAGUCAUGGCUAUCGUGAAGCAGGUCUUCUCCAAUUCGUCCAACUCGUGUGAGAAUUUAGACGCCAUGGACAUUUGCGGCACACCCGGAAGCAAUGCGUUUGCUACCACCCAGCCAAGCAUCCACGUCAUCGGCGAGGUUUUGAAGUGCUCGUGCUCUCAGGAUGGGUUUAUCCUCGUCAUGAUGUCUCUCAUUAUUCUCAGGGCCCUUGGACAAUACAUCUCAGCAGCACGGCGGCCGCAUCUCUUGUACGGCGGAUCUGGACACAGUUUGGGGACUCACUCGCCCCUUAAUAUGAGCGUUCAUGCUUUCCUCGGUAAAACAAUUUCAUGCCCUGCUGGCCCUGAAGAGCCAGACGAAGAUGAUCCUGCGUACGUGGUCGCGCAGAGGGUUCUAAGCGAACUGCCCUAUGUUCAGCGUCUGGUAAACCAACUGUCAAUAAGGCUACAAAACCAAGGCCUCAGUGCCAAUAUGGUGGGAGAGAUUCACAUUUCAGAACUUGGUCAACAACAAGACAAGAGCAACUCACUGCCACUUCCUCUGGGGCUGUUUGACCAGCUCAACACUGAUAUACGGAGAAACCUCAAGUUCCUAGCAGAGGAAGUUAUCGCCACCCUGCGGCGGGAGUAG